UUUGGUUCGUCGUGCGCGCGAUUUUCGAAUUUAGAAUCGCCUUUCGGCUUCGCCUCUGCAGCAUCCGAGGAGGUAUAAAUUUCAGCUGGCAGCGGCGUGGAGUCAGCAAUCAGCUAGAUGGCGAUGUUUUUUUGUCAACCUGCGAUUUAUGUGGCUAAUUAGACCAAGAAGAGGCGGCCCAUUAGUGCGUGACUCUCGAAUGCUGCGCAUCCGUAUCCGUCAGGUUGCGUGUGCCCCGCCCCCUCGCCAAGAGUAGGGAAAAACAAAGAGAGAAAAUAAUAAAAGAAAAACCGAAUAACACUUCAGUCCUCAAAACACUCGAGAAAAACUGGGAGAAGCCGAUUUCCCAACCAAAAAAAGAAGAAAAAUCUGCAGUGCAAAAAAGAGGAAAAAAUUAAAAUUUCGGGCAAAGCGGAUUACGAGCGGAGCCACAACAGCCGAAGGCGGCAAAGGAAAAGUGUGUGGGAAAACAACUCUCGAAUGGAAAAGUGAUUUUGCGGAAAGUGCGUAUAGAACAGAUAAACACGAGUGAGGAGAAAGUAAAUCAUAUGGAAAUUUGAACGCGUCACGCCGGCUCAUUAACGUUCUCGAGUUCGAUUGUGGUUGAGUGUGUGUGUGUUCCGUGCGUGUUUUCCAUCAAUUAAUUCGAGCAUUAUAACGCCAGUCAGUUUUUCGCACUUUAAGCGCCAAAAGAAAAUAAAACCACCAAACAGCGACAACAGGAGGAAAAAUAUAAAGAUAUAUGCACAUACAAAUAAAAUAAAGAAAAACCCAUAAAAGGCCACGGCAGAGCUGACAAAGAAACAAGCGAAAUUAAUGACACAAUAACACACUGCGGUUUCAUUUGUAGUGGUCAGUAUCUGUGUGUAACAGUGGCAUAGUGUAUACGCAGAGUGGGCGCAACAGUUCCUCGAUAUAUCAUAAUAUAUAGUACAUAUACAUAUAUAACCCUCUCCGAUCAGUAUUCGGUCGCGUGUCGCAAUAAUUUAUCACAAUUGUCAUCGGGCGAGUGAAAGUGCAGCAUCCACAAGAUACGAGAUACAAAUUGUUUAUGCAGACAUCUUUCCCCAAAAUACGGGUCAGUGCAUUAGAACAAUAGCUGCGAGCGGCAAAAGUUGUUGAUAAAGGGAAAACAUAAAUUAAAGUUAACAGUUUGCCAAGUCGCCAGUGGCCAGUGGCCAGUUGGAGGCCUUGAAAGUUCCUUCCUUCCUUCCUCCGCCGCCGCCUGUUGGAUUAGCAAAGCGCAAGAAACCCAAGGGAUUUUCGGACCGCCAAGUCGUCGAAAAAAACGGAAUGCCAUAAAAGCGGCAAAUAAACAUGUAAAAGGACAUUAAACGAUGUUGUGGACUUGAUCUGAGUCUGAAUCUGAGUCUGAGUCCUAUGGACAUGCAUUCAUUGGUGAAUUUCUGGUGAAAUGCUCUUUUUAUGGGCGCAGAGUACAUUGGCGCUUCAUUAAAGCCAACGGCGGAAGCGGAAACGGAAAUAGCCGCGCGGCCAUUACAAGGAGACGCGUGUUUAUUGGCGCCACGACACACACGCUCAACUGCAGUUGCUGCAACAUUCUGUACUCCUUUUGCACUUCUCUGCGUUUCUUUGACACUCUGGUCAAAUUGAAGUUUGCCACAUAAAUGACGAGACGUUCUUGCGUUUGGCACAACGCACCGCAAGCACAACAAAAUGACAGCCAUGCAGCUUUUAUUAACAAUAACAACAACAACAACGACAGCGAGGACAACAACAGGAGUAGCAAUCGAAUCGGGAUCCGAGACAGAAGCAGCAGCGAUGCAAAGGACAUACUGGCAGGAGCAGCCCGAGAACACACACCGAAAAUCACGGACGAGAUGCCCGGACAAUGGGAAAGCGAUUUGGGCUGUCGGCUUGGCCCUGGUCCUGCUCACUUGCCUGCAGCUGAAAGCAGUUUCCGCGGACGAGGAAUCGCAGGACUUUCAGAGGAACAUACCCGCUCGAUUGGUUUGGGCCGCUUUAGGCAAAACUGUGGAGCUGCCCUGCGACUUGACGCCGCCCACGGCGCAGGAUUCGGUGAAACUGCUGCUCUGGUUCAAGGACACCACGGGCAUUCCCCUGUACAGCCUGGACUCUCGUGGGGGAAACGUGAAGGUGGCACCACAUGCGGCCAUAGCUAGCGAUCUGGGCCAGCGCCUGUUCUUCAGCAUCGGCGAUAAUCCCAAGGAUUCGCGCCUGCAGAUCAACGAUGUAAAGCCGGAGGACGGUGGCGUCUAUCGAUGUCGCGUUGACUUCUUCAAUUCCCCGACGAGAAACUUCAGGCACAACCUGACCUUAGUUGUGCCACCGGAUGAGCCUCGCAUCUUUGAUGCCCAAGGCAAGGAGAUUGCCCAGAUGGCAGGACCCUUUCGCGAAGGCUACGAGCUCUUUCUCUGCUGUCAGGUGAAAGGAGGACGCCCGCCGCCGAAGGUCACCUGGUGGCGCGACAACACCGAGCUAAUCGGCACCAGUCACACCUCCGUGGAGGAGGGUGCCACCGUGAUGGUAAAUCAGCUGCUGAUUGGAACCACCACCCGCGACUUCUAUGGGGCACGCAUCGAAUGCCGGGCCGGGGGCACGCGACUGGUGGAUCCGGUCCGCAAGGAUGUCACCGUACAGGUUCACUUAAAACCUGUUCGUGUGAAGAUUAUAACGCCCAACGAUCUUCUGACGGCUGGGCAGCCGAUGCCCAUUCGCUGUGAGUCCUGGGGAUCCUAUCCGGCGGCCAAGAUCACCUGGCUACUCGAUGGCGAACCCAUUCGCAAUGCCGAGGUCACCGUGCACAGUGACAAGGAGGAUGGCAAUAUCACUACGAGCAUCCUGACACUGAAGGUAACAUCGGAGAAUGAUAAUGCGGAGCUGACAUGUCGCGCCACGAAUCCUUGGUUCUCGGGUGGCGCCAUCGAGGACAAGCGCAUCAUCCGAGUGGCAUAUCCGCCCACGGUGUCGGUGCACUUGGCCAAUGAGGAUCCCAGCAGGUUGGUGACACGAGCCGAGGGCCAGAACGUGACGUUCAAGUGCCGGGCGGAUGCUCGUCCGCCGGUUACCAGCUACUCCUGGUUCAAGAACGGCAUGCGAAUGUCGGGCGAGAGCACGGAAAUAAUGCACUUGACGCAGCUGGAGCGGGAAAGUGCGGGAGCUUAUGCCUGCGGAGCCACCAACACGGAGGGCGAGACAAGGAGCUCCAGCCUCACGCUCCGAGUGCAGUUCUCCCCGCGGUGUAAGUCGGGCACGGAGCAGACCUCCAUUGGAGCCGUCAGCCUGCACUCGAUUCUGGUCAAAUGCGAGGUGGAUGCCGAUCCACCGGACUCGGUGCGUUUUAGCUGGACGUACAACAAUACACGUAACGUGUCCCCGGUGCUCAACUCGAGGAUACAAUCGAACGGACUGGCCAGCACAGUGACGUACCUGCCGCAGACGGACUCGGAGUUAAUAACGCUGGCCUGUUGGGCAAGCAAUGCGGUGGGCAGACAGACGACGCCCUGUCUGGUGCACAUCCUCCCUGCCAAUACUCCGGAGGCGCCAAAGGCCUGCGAACUGCGCAACGACACCGUCCUGGAGGUGGUCUGUGUAGCCGGCAGCGAUGGCGGCCUUUCGCAAUACUUCAUGCUGGAGGUGGUGGGUGGGGAUCUGCUCUACUCCCCCGAUUCUGGGCAGGCACAGGGACAGGGCCAGGGCCCCAACCGGGGACAGUUCAGCGAGGCCAUUGGCCUGGGCGACAACGAGAUAUCCACGCUCAACGACCAGGCGACAUCUGCACCCAUCUUUCGCAUGCAGGAGAACAGUCCACAGUUUCGUUUGAAUAAUUUAGAGCCAGGACGUGAAUAUCAAUUUUUAGUUUACGCCGUCAACGCCAAAGGACGCAGCGAGCCGCCGGUGGUGAUUGAGAAUGUACGCGUGGCCGCCCAACUGGGACCAUAUGAUGAAUCCAUUCUAUCCGAGGACCCAACGCCCGCAGAAACGACGCACCAUGGCGGCGGUGGUGCGGUCGGAAGCGGCAGCUCCAGCGGAUUGGGCACCGGCGCCAGCACGGGCAGUGGACCGGAGAAACAGUCCACGCUGCUAAUACUCGCCGCCGUCGUGGUGAUAGGCGCCGUUGUGGUGACGUCAAUUAUCGUGGCCGGCAUCGUCGUGGUCUGCCGGCAUCGUCCGCGGCCACCUGAGCCGCAGGAGGUGCGCAAGAGCAUGCGGCCGGCGCGCAUCGAUGUGCCCAGCAUGUACAUCGAGGAGGAUGAGCUAAACGAGCUGGAGGAGGGCGGCGGACGAGCGGCGGAGAUUAGGGCGCGAGUGGCCCCGCCCACGGCACACCUGUGCGGAGGUGGUGUCGGUGUACCCGGCGUUGGAUCCAGUGGCGGAGCCAUUGUGGGCGUGGCCGGGCCCCAUCACUACAUCUCCGAGAGCUUCAUCCAGUAUGCGCAGCCCAGUCUAAACGACCCGGAUCUGAUAUUGCCGCGCGGCGAAUUGGAAUUUACGACCCUGGAUCCAACGCUGAAGUAAUUGUAAAAAGUAAUAAUAAAUAUCUACCAUAGUGAGCCAACCUACACACGCCCAGACACACACACCACACACAUGACCACAUACAGACACAGGCCUCAUAAUUCACGGGCAUUUCAUUUAACAUAGCUGUAAAUUUUUAGCAUAAAUUUAAAUGCAUUAGCGUUAAAGGUAAUACGUAUUACGUUACGUUACGUUAUAUACGGGCAAUGGAUAAGGAUAAGCCAUUUUGUAAGUGUCAUGCGAAUUGUCGAUGCAGAAUCAAAAUAUAUAUAGAGAACUCGGAGACAAAGCGAAGCCCUAUAAAUACGCUACAAACUUGUAACUGAAAUCAAAAAGCAAAGAAAACCAAAAACCUGUAAAUAACAUCACACAUGAAACACAACACACACAACACACCAAAAUGAUACACACUCCCUGGACCCACAUAGAGAUCAUUCAGAAAUCGUUGCUGUUGCACCAUCGACUGUACAUAGAGAACGGGCAAACAUUAAUCAAACUGCAUUUAAAUGUUAAAUAUUAAUUGUAAGUGUAAGUGUAAUUAAUGAACAACUAGUGAGUAAGCCAGUAGCUAAUUAAGUCGUGUGUAUCGAAAGUGUAAUUAGGACUCAUAGAGCUCGUCGGCUGGCAACCAGCCGAGAGAUAUUGGUUAUCAGGCGGCCGUUGUUCAUCAGUCUAUGUCUGCAUUAGGAUAUAAGUUAAAGGAUCCAUUAGAAGAGUAAAGCCGCCCCUCCCGAACGGAGGUGAAUCAAAAGUUUUCGGCGUCAAGGUACACCUAUUUCUGGACCACUUUCCGGGCCACGCCCUCAGACUUUUACUUUCCGAUCCGAUCUGACAGCCGCUAUUUAUGGCACUUCAUGAAUAUUCUAUUGCCACGAGAUGAAUAACGAAAGCCAAACAGAGGAACGCCGCCCCCGCCGCCGAGUGGGCGGCCCCGAGUGUUAGGAUGUUCGAGUGCAUAAUGAAUAAAUGUCGAGUAAACAGCCAAUUCCCAGAGUCCACUAGAGCAGCAUCAACAAUUCCACUCGCCAGGGCGGCCACUCCAACCACUCCACAGGAAACAAACACACAAGCAACCAGACCGAAUUCAUUGUAAAUGUUAUAAAUAACUAAAGUAACCCGCAAAGUACGGCAAGGAAAAAGUAAUAAUAAUAAUAAUAAUUAUAAUAAUAAUAAUAAUACGCCAUACAGUUUACACAAUACUCCAAUGUAAUUCGAAUUCUAAUUUCAAAUAUACAAACAUAAAGUGAAACGGCAGACUAGCAAAAUAUACAGUGCGUAUGCGUAAUAAAAUAAAUUGAAAUACAUAUAUAUAGAGUACAUACUAUAUAAAUGGAAUAAUCGGGGCACGGGCACCCGUUCCCCGUCUCUGUCUCUGUCACUCUGGACAAAACCAAACUGAUUGUUUUUAAGCAAAGUUUAGAUUUAUAAAUAAAUUAAAUUUAAAUGCGACGAGAGGAGAGUGUGGCGCGUAAAGCGAACUCAAUGCGGACAUACAUUAUAACUAAGUCGAAACU